UGAAACAGAGCGCAAACCUCACCAUUUCAUUCUUGCCCAGGCAACGUCAUGACAUCCCUACUGCUGCUGCUGCUCUUUGUGGUUCUGAAUCCAGCGGAGCCAUUGCCGGAUCACCAUAGGAGAGCACCUAAGACGAAGCAUAAAGAGAUGCCAUCCAACGACGAGCCCUGCCAUUUCCCUUUCCGCUACCAACGUAAAAUGUACCAUUCCUGCAUCCAGAGUAGCAUACUCUUAAAUCCUCAGCCUUGGUGUGCCACCACAGAGAACUAUGACCGAAAUGGAAAAUGGAGGUACUGUGGGAAAGAGGAAAGGCCAAGAGGACACUGUGACCGUAACCCAUGCCAGAAUGGUGGAGUCUGUGAAGCUAGGCGAACUGGGUUCCAUUGCAUCUGUACAACUGGCUUCCAUGGGAAACACUGUGAGAAAGAGCACUGCUUUGGAACACAAACACUGCUGCACAUUGGCAGGAAGGACACCUGGCUGUGGCAUCGGCCUACUGGGCUGGAGGAGUGCCAUUGUGCUGGAAAGAAGUUUGUCUGCAAGCCUGUCCACGGAAAGGCGUGUGCAAUAAACCCUUGUUUGAAUGGAGGCCACUGCGUAGAGAUGAAGCAUAACUGGGCAUGUGGAUGUCCUGAAGGGUUUUCUGGGCCACUGUGUGAUAUAGAACAUACUCAGACCUGCUACAAUGAAAAUGGGCAUCAAUACCGAGGCAUGGCCUACCAUGGUUCCUCAGGAGCACCCUGUCUGCCCUGGGACUCCCCCUUGCUCCUUGAUGAGUACUCCUUUUCUUUGGACAAUGCAGUCAGUCUGGGCCUGGGGGCGCACGCCUUUUGCAGAAACCCAGACAAAGACGGCAAGCCAUGGUGUUAUGUGCUCCGCGAGAUGCAGCUGAGCUGGGAAUUCUGCAACAUCACCCAAUGCCAUCCCCAAUCUACAGAUACUGUGGUAACACAGAAUGAACCAGAGCAGAAGCCCCCAAAUGAGACCUCCAGCAGCAGUUCAGCCAGACCAAACCAGCCUAUGCUUGGCUCAGCUCCAGUUUGUGGGCAGCGCUAUACAAAGACCACCUCCUCACGCAAACGUAUAGUGGGGGGCAUGGUGGCACUCCAUGGCUCCCACCCCUACAUGGCAGCCAUCUACAUGGGAGAUCAGUUCUGUGGAGGAAGCCUCAUCGCCUCCUGCUGGAUCCUGACUGCUGCACAUUGUCUGGAGUUCAGACCAGAUGUUUCCAAGAUUUCAGUGGUGCUAGGCCAGACCCUCUACAACAAAAGUACUGAUGGCUCCAUGAAGUUCCAAGUACAGGACUAUUUACUGCAUGAGAAUUAUUCUGCGAUCACCAAGCGCCAUGACAUUGCUCUGGUAAGAUUGAAGGAGAAGGCACCAGGACACUGUGCUGUGUUUUCACACUCCAUCUGGCCAGUGUGCCUGCCCAGUUCCAUGGAGGCAUUUGACACGAGCAAGAUGUGCCAGAUUGCAGGAUGGGGACAUAUGUAUGAAGGAGCCGACAAACUUUCUCUGUAUCUGCAGGAGGCAGAUAUGCCUAUCAUUCCUUAUGAGCAGUGUUGUUCCCCAGAGGUACAUGGGACCCGCAUUACACAAGACAUGCUGUGUGCUGGAUACCUGGAUGGAAGAGCUGAUGCUUGUCAGGGAGAUUCUGGUGGGCCCCUGGUGUGUGAGGAGCAGGGAGUGGCCACCCUGCGUGGCAUCAUCAGCUGGGGCACAGGCUGCGCCCUGGUGAACAAGCCUGGCGUCUAUACCAGUGUCUCUAACUAUCUCAAUUGGAUCCAAAGCAACAUGCAUUAGCAAGCCUGAGAGGGCGAUUCCACAAAGCCCAAACCCAUGCAGCUGUCUCUUUUGGGUUCAGUUUCUUUCUUUAUAGCUGUUAUUGAUCUGCUCUGUGUAUGUCUGUGCAAUUCCACUAGACUGGACAGUGAGUAUACAGAGGUUUUUUAAAAAAAUCAAAGUUGUUUGUGUAAUUUACCAUAAAAUCAACCAAACGUCAAGCAAAAUAGACAAGGUCCAUUGUCCCAUGUCGGCACUAUCUUUUCUGAUGAAAUGUUGCCAGGGAUUCCAGCAUGACAUGGGAUUGCCUCUCAUCCCCACUAGGAUCAUGCACGCUGACUGUUCUCAUGCACUGGAAAGCCAGCUGUGUCUUGCCCUCUCCCCUCAAAUUUCUCCUCCAUACUUUCAUCCUCCUCACAGAACGUUAGCACAUUUUUUGCCAUGCACCCCAUGUUCUUCAGGUCCAGACUGUGUCAUUCUUGAGAGGAAUGAAGAGACUAGAUAGGUGUGUUUUUGAAUGCACAGAGCUGUGGAAGCUGUUGUCCUGUGGUGGCCAUGACCACUCAAAAUUAGCUCUCAGCAGAAGAGCUUCUAGGAAUGGAGUGCCAAGAUUGCAGGCCUAAUUUGAGCAUGUUUAUAUCUUAUGCAUGUGCCCAUAAGAAGAGCAAAUUUAAAAAAAUUGUUGAGGGAGGGGGAAAAUAGAUAGAUUAAUCUCUGCAGACUCUGAACACUAGAGGGCAGCCCUGGUCCACACUAUCUCCAGUAAGAGACUCAAGAGCGUGGAGGGCAAAUUUGCAUUGGCUGAGACUAGAAACUCAUUGAACAUAAUUGUUAUCUCCAAUUUAUGACAUAUGCUGGAUAAGAGAGUACAGAGAGUCAUGGGAUGAUGAAUAGGGGUAUGCCCAGCCUACCAGGAUUCAAGUGUCAUGGAAGCUGAGACAUAGAGCCAAGCUGAAACAAGAAACCUGCAACUGCAGGUGCAUGAUGCAGAAGGAUUUUCAGAAGGUGUACAGUAUGGUGCCAUUCUCAAUGAACUGAGAAGAAAAGAUGCAAUUCUAAAAUGUUACCCAUGUUCAUGCCCUGGCAGAAAACCAUGGCACUGUACAGAACAUGCCACAGCAUGUGUCUCAGGGCUCUUUUUCUGCUUAAAGCAGGAGUGUAGGACAUGUAGACCUCCAGAUGUAUAUGCAAGACACAUAUGUGCAUAAUCUUCAUGAUGGCUCAAGCUUGCAAGAAGACAACAGCUCUGGUAACCAGCUCUGAAUAUCUCUUUGUCUAUUUGUAUAAAUGGUGGCACAGCUAAUCAAUGAGGAUGGCAAGAUGAUAACAGAUGACAAAGAAAAGGCAGAAGUGCUCAGUUCCUACUUUGACUCAGUCUUCUCCCAAAAAAGGGUCUAUGACCCUCCUGGGAAACAUGAAGUAGAAGGGGCAGGAUUGGAGCUUGAGAUUGAUAGACAAAUGGUCAAGGAAUACCUAAUCACUUUGAACGAGUUCAAAUCUGCAGGCCCAAUAAACUGCAUCCUAAAAUAUUGAAGGAACUGGCUGAAGAACUCUUAGAACCACUGUCUAUUAUCUUUGCAAAAUCAUGGAGGACUGGUGAAGUGCCAGAUGACUGGAGAAGAGCUAAUGAUGUCCCUAUCUUCAAAAAGGGCAAAAAGGAAGAACUAAGAAACUACAGACCAGUCAGCCUAACAUCAAUCCCUGGAAAAACUCUGGAGCAGAUUAUAAAGCAGUCAAUCUGUAAGCACCUUGAAAACAAUGCAGUGAUUACUAGGAGCCAACAUGGAUUUAUGAAGAACAAAUCCUGCCAAACUAAUCUUACCUCGUUUUUUGAUCGGGUAGCCUCCCUUGUAGACUGCGGGAAUGCUGUGGACGUAAUAUAUCUCGACUUCAGCAAAGCUUUUGAAAAGUGCCCCAUGAUAUUCUGAUUAGCAAGCUAGCUAAAUGUGGGCUGGAUGGAACAGCUAUCAGGUGGAUCCACAGUUGGCUCCAGAAUCGUAUUCAAAGUGCUUAUCAAUGGUUCCUUCUCAAACUGGGUGGAAGUAACGAGUGGGGUACCACAGGGCUCAGUCUUGGGCCCAGUGCUCUUCAACAUUUUUAUUAAUGACUUGGAUGAGGAGGUACAGAGCAUGCUUAUCAAAUUUGCAGAUGAUUGGGGGGCACAGCUAAUAUUGUGGAAGACAGAAAGAAAAUUCAAAGAGACCUUGAUAGGCUGGAGCAUUGGGCUGAAAACAACAGAAUGAAAUUCAACAGGAUAAAUGCAAAGUUCAACACUUAGGAAAAAGAAACCAAAUGCACAGUUAUAAGAUGGGGGAUACUUGGCUCAGCAGUACGACAUGUGAGAAGGAUCUUGGAAUUGUCGUUGAUCAGAAGCUGAAUAUCAGCCAACAGUGUGAUGUGGCUGCAAAAAAGGCAAAUGCUAUAUUAGGCUGCAUUAACAGAAGUAUAGUUUCCAAAUGGCGUGAAGUAUUAGUUCCCCUCUAUUCAGCACUGGUUUGGCCUCAUCUUGAGUACUGCGUCCAGUUCUGGUCUCCGCACUUCAAGAAGGAUGCAGACAAACUGGAACAGGUUCAGAGGAGGACAACAAGGAUGAUCAGGGAACUGGAAACAAAGUCCUAUGAGGAGAGACUGAAAGAACCGGGCAUGUUUAGCCUGGAGAAGAGAAGACUUAAGGGGAAAUAUGAUAGCACUCUUCAAGUACAUGAAAGGUUGUCACACAGAGGAGGGCCGGGAUCUCUUCUCAAUCAUCCCAGAGUGCAGGACAUGGAAUAAUGGGCUCAAGUUGCAGGAAGCCAGAUUUCGACUGAACAUCAGAAAAAACUUCCUAACUGUUAGAGCCAUACGACAAUGGAACCAAUUACCUAGAGAGGUAGUGGGCUCUCCAACACUGGAGGCAUUCAAGAGGCAGCUGAACAGCGAUCUAUUGGGAAUGCUUUGAUUUGGAUUCCUGCAUUGAGCAGAGGGUUGGAUUUGAUGGCCUUAUAGGCCCCUUCCAACUCUACUAUGAUUCUAUGAUUAUAUUUGUCAGUCCCUGACCAUUUUUAACAGAAAACCAGCCUGUGAAUCAUAGCAUUUGUGGUGCAAAGUCUUCAGAUUGUGUCAAGGCACAUGAUGCAGGGUACCAUAAAUUUCUAAAAAGCUGUGGUGGUGCCAUUCUAUGCCAGCACAAGCUAUGCUGGUCUUGUCAACAAAUCAGAUCUAUAACAUGGAGAAAUUCACAUGGGGCCAUCCCAUGAAAGUAGCUCUUUGCUAAAUUAGGGAAUAUUUUCUAGAAAAUGUCUUGAACCCAGGUCUCUUACCAUAUAUAGAGCAUGAAAUGCCAGAUGUCCAAGCUGGAUUUAGAAAAGGAAAAGGUACCAGAGAUCAUAUCUCAAACAUACAUUGGAUAAUGGAAUGGACCAAGGAAUUUCAGAAGAAAAUCACCCUGUGCUUACAGCAAAGCCUUUGAUUGUGUAGAUCAUGAAAAACUAUGGAAUGCUUUAAAAGAAAUGGGGGUGCCACAACAUCUGAUUGCCCUAAUGUGCAACAUAUAUUCUGAACAAGAGGCUACUGUAAGGACAGAAUAUGGAGAAACUGAUUGGUUCCCCAUCAGAAAGGGUGUGAGACAGGGGUGCAUUUUAUCACCUUAUUUGUCAUCUAUAUGCAGAACAUAUAUGGAAAUGGACCAAGAUGAAGGAGGUGUGAAAACUGGAGGGAGAAAUAGCAAUAAUUUAAGAUAUGCAGAUGAUAUCAUACUACUAGCAGUAACCAGUAAUGAUUUGAAACUAAUGUUGAUGAAAGUUAAAGAGGAAAGCACAAAAGCAGAACUACAGCUGAAAGUCAAGAAGAUGAACGUAAUGACAGCUGAAGAUUUAUGUAACUUUAAAGUUGACAACGAGGACAUUGAACUUGUCAAGGGUUAUCAAUACCUUGGCACAGUCAUUAACCAAAAUGGAGACAAUAGUCAAGAAAUUAGAAGAAGGCUAGGACCGGGGAGGGCAGCUAUGAGAGAACUAGAAAAGAUGCUCAAAUGCAAAGAUGUAUCACUGAACACUAAAGUCAGGAUCAUUCAGAGCAUGGUAUUCCCAAUCUCUAUGUAUGGAUAUGAAAGUUGGACAGUGAAAAAAGUGGAUAAGAGAAAAAUCAACUCAUUUGAAAUGUGUUGGAGGAGAGCUUUGUGGAUACCAUGGACCGCGAAAAAGACCAAUAAUUGGGUGUUAGAACAAAUUAAACCAGAACUAUCAUUAGAAGCUAAAAUGAUGAAACUGAGGUUAUCAUACUUUGAAUACAUAAUGAGAAGACAUGAUUCACUAGAAAAUACAUUUUGUUGUUUGUUGUUAUAUGCCUUCAAGUCGAUUAUGACUUAUUUAUUUAUUUAUUUGAUUUAUUAGACAACCCAUCUGGCUGGUUACCCAGGUACUCUGAGCGACGUACAAAGCAAAAACAUAUAAAACAUCACAACAUCAAAGGGCUAAACAGUAAAAACUAAACAAUAAGGUAGAGGCAACUGAGUUUCAGUGAUAGGGCUUCUCGUCUGUAUAGUCUGAAAGGUGUAACUUCAGAUGGAAGCUCCUGGUGUAAGUCUUCCCACUUAUGGCAACCCUAUGAAUCAGUGACCUCCAAGAGCAUCUGUCAUGAACCACCCUGUUCAGAUAUUGUAAGUUCAGGUCUGUGGCUUCCUUUAUGGAAUCAAUCCAUCUCUUGUUUGGCCUUCCUCUUUUUCUACUCCCUUCUGUUUUUCCCAGCAUUAUUGUCUUUUCUAGAGAAUCGGGUCUUCUCAUUAUGUGUCCAAAGUAUGAUAACCUCAGUUUUAUCAUUUUAGCUUCUAGUGACAGUUCUGGUUUAAUUUGUUCUAACACCCAAUCAUUGGUCUUUUUCGCAGUCCAUGGUAUGCGCAGAGCUCUCCUCCAACACCACAUUUCAAAUGAGUUGAUUUUUCUCUUAUCCGCUUUUUUCACUGUCCAACUUUCACAUCCAUACCUAGAAAUUGGGAAUACCAUGGUCUGAAUGAUCCUGACUUAGGUGUUCAGUGAUACAUCUUUGCAUUUGAGGACUUUUUCUAGUUCUCUCACAGCUGCCCUCCCCAGUCCUACCCUUCUUCUGAUUUCUUGACUAUUGUCUCCAUUUUGAUUGAUGACUGUGCCGAGGUAUUGAUAAUCCUUGACAAGUUCAAUGUCCUCAUCGUCAACUUUAAAGUUACAUAAAUCUUCUGUUGUCAUUACUUUAGUCUUUUUAACGUUCAGCUGUAAUCCGGCUUUUGUGCUUUCCUCUUUAACUUUCAUCAGCAUUCUUUUCUCAUCAUUCCUGGUUUCUGCUAAUAGUAUGGUAUCGUCUGCAUAUCUUAAAUUACAUUAAUGCUGGGAAAAACAGAAGGGAGUAGAAAAAAGAGUAAGACCACACAAGAGAUGGAUCAAUUCCAUAAAGGAAGCCCCAGACCUGAAUUUACAAGAUCUGAACAGGGUGGUUCAUGACAGAUGCUAUUGGAGGUCACCGAUUCAUAGGGUCACCAUAAGUCAUAAUUGACUUGAAGACACAUAACAACAACAACAACAAGGGCUUCCCGUUAUGUGUAUCACUGUCUCCCAGACACUGAACAAACAGGCUCUGUAUCAGCUGAGCCUGAGUUUGAGAACACAGCUUUUCUUAUUGCCAACCCAUUCGUGUUCCUGGAAAAGGAUAUAGAAAUGUUUUGGUUUCAGGGCAACUUCAGGCAACCUGUUUACUUAGCAUUAAUCCUGAUUUGCUUGCACAAAGUACGUACAGUGGUUAGAUAAUGUCCAGUCUUUUUUGAGCAUUUGUUCUGAUUUGUUUACAGGGUGGUUAUAUGACAAUGAACAUUCAUCCCGUAUUCAUCAUGAUUUGCUCGUGCAGUGUUUAUACAUGUUCCCUUUAAUCAUUCAUUCAUCCCAUACUUUUCAAUACAUUUCUCUAUCACUUUCCAAA